UUGAUAGCUUGGAGUUUACUUAGACUGGAUGUAUUCAGACUGGGUUCAGACUUACGGAGUAAGCUGGUUGAUGUUUUAGUAAGGCGUGACGUGUUCAGACUGGGUUCAGACUUUGGGAUAAGGCUUGACGUGUUCAGACUCGGUUCAGACUUUGGGAGUAAGCUGGUUGAUGUUUUAGUAAGGCUUGACGUGUUCAGACUGCGUUCAGACUUUGAGAGUAAGCUGGUUGAUGUUUUAGUAAGGCUUGACGUGUUCAGACUGGGUUCAGACUUAGGGAGGAAGCAUAUAAUCCUGUCCAAAGACCCUGAAUCUGUGAAAGAUGAAUUCGCGUUUGACAACCCUGGCUUCAAGGAAGGCUGGCAGCAUGAAGCGCCAACUCUACCACUCGGAGGAAACAUGACCUCCCAAAUUAAAUCAGACUUCAAUAACAAACCUGAGUUUAGCAAAGAUGAUUCCCAUCUACAGUUAACCAAGAUACGUCGUGUUAAGCUGUGGGCCCGUGAUUUUACCGGCUUGGGUUUAACUUGUGGAGGCGGGGCGAGAGAUGGCGUUUGUAUUCAUUCUGUGAUGAGAAAUGGUCCAGCUGCUGCCGCUAUGCUGCAACCUGGUGAUAAGAUCAAAAGCAUCAAAAUUGAGUUCACUGGCACGCCGCUAGAGGAUGCUGUCUCAAUACUAUCACUCGCUUCUCCAUACCCUGUGGAAUUGGAGGUGAUGGAGGGAUACAGGGUCAGUGGGGAAGGCUGGCCGGUCUACCAUCCGCUGAUGAAGGCUGGCUCCACGGGAGAUGUGAGCACGCUGGAAAAAGCGGGCAAACUUCUACAACCACCGAAAUCACCGAACGUAUCGAAUUCAAACAAUUCAACUCUCGAAACGAAGCACUCGAAAUCAGGAAUAAAAAAGAUUAUAACUGAAAAGAUAACGACUAUAGAAAGAAAUAAAAAGGAAAGAAAAGAUGCACCAAACACAUUGGAGAGAGAAAACGAAAAGAAUUUGAAACUCGCAAACAAAACAAGACAUUCAGAUGCGCCAACAUCGAAACCUGAGAGAAGUAAAAAUAGACUAUCAUCAGAAGACGUACAAAUAAUAGUACCGGACAAUAACUCGCAUAUAGAACAAGCGGAGGUACAGAAGAAAGAAUACGACCCAAAAAGAGGAAUGAAAUUCGGUAUAAGAGUCCUACCACCAAAUGUUCCUGACGAUGGAGUAUUAAAGAAGAAUGUUGAAAACGGAGCAGUUUCUAUCGAAAAGGCCAUUGAUGAACCAGAUAAACCUGAACCACAAAGACAAGCGCCCGUACAUAUAAAACAUGAGAACGAAACGGAUCAAAAGAAACCGGUUGUCGCUAAAAGACGAGAGAAAUUAGCGCCGCCGAUACCUAACGCUAGAUCUAAAAUCGAAAUCGAAACCAGUCAUGAUAUAUCAAAAACAUCAGAAACUAUAUCAUUCAGUAGAACUGAUUUAAACUCAAGCGGCAUUAAAAGAGAUGAGAAUGGCAUACCACAAGAAUUACCUCAACAUAUGUUCGACGCGGCCAAAGCAGCUAGAAGCAAUAGAAAAAGUUCAGCGGAUUUAAUACAAGAUAAAGAACCGAAAAAGGACGAAGCACCAAAACCUACGAAAAAAUCCAAAGGAAAAGCACCCUCUCCUCCUGAACCGGAAAAAAAAGACAGUAUUCUAGAUGACAUAAAGAACUUACAUGACUUUUUGAACAACGAAAAGCAUCACUCAAGUCUACUACACGACACAGUAACUUCUACUAAAACAACAUACAACACAUCAACUCCUAAAGUAAACAAAACCAAAUCUAGAUUGGACGAAUCUAUUAACUUCUCGCAAGAAGAUAUAGAUGAUAUCGUCAAACCUUUCAAACGAGAGAGCGAUUCAUUGAACAAUUUCUUCGAAGAUUCCAAAUCUAAUCUAUCAUCGAAUCAAGACGUCCAUUCUGUUAUGUCUUUGAACCAAAGCGAUAAAAGCGACAGAGGUUCAACUACUAUAGAACUUAAUAACAGCGAUAUAACCAUACAUAGUUCUCCGUUAAACGAAACUGAAAGAUCAGAAUCUGAUGCAUCGCCAUUAGAAGAUAAUGAAAGAAAAGCGACAUCUCUUGGUGAUUUAUCGCGUUUCGAAUUAAAAGCGAAAAUAAACAAACCGGCAAGCGGUACUUUGGAGAGAGCUCAAAGUUUGGAUAUAUCAGUAGAAGAUGGUGACAUACAAGAUACCUUAUCACCAAAGAAAAGAAAGGCCAUGUCGGUUGUAGAAUCUACGUUCUUUGAUUCCGGCAACGAAGACAUUCUACCUGAAAUGAUAGAUCCUGAUAAAGGAAUUGUUAUUAAGCACAAAGAACCGAGAUUGAGUUUGAAUAUAGCUAAGACAUCGGCUAUAGAAGGUUUAGAUACAUUCCAGAGGAAUCGGCUGAAAAAAGCAUCUGAAUUCGGUAACUUAGAAGACGCUAUCGUCAAAGGAUCAAACAGCUCUAUGGAGUCAACAAGAUAUGAAUCCCAUGAGGCUAUUUAUGGCAAGACACAAUCUAGCACACAAAAAACUCAAGAAGAACACGAAACAUCUGAUCAUUUAGCGCGAAGAAUCAUGGAUGAAAACUUAAAAGUUCAUUUAAAACUCGUAUCAGAAUUCGCUAAAUCCACAUCCGAUAGCAGUUCCAGUACAUUGGAUAACAGCCAAGAACAAAGUAUAACAAAAACUACAACAUCUCCGAUAAAAUACGAAGAAAAAAUAACUAUGAGUUACGAUACAAACAUUCCUGAUGAUAUGAAAGUGUCGCGUAGUUCAUACGUGAACAGCUUGGAACGGCCUAAAUCUGAAAUGAUGAAGAAACUUCUCGCCAAAAAUCCAAUAUUUAAUGUUAAUAUCGACCAAACUCAAUCUUCAAACAAAUACGAAGCGACCACAAGCAAGGAGACUCCUUCACUGACUGACUCAUUCAAAUCAUCUCUACACCAACCUGAUAUAGUAAACUUCGAUUUAAAAACUUCACCGACAUCAAAAGUGAGAGAUUAUGAUGAAUACAUAAGCAAUAUAAGGGUCGGUUCAAAUAAUAACAGUUUGAAAAUUAACAAACAACAACAAAUUAACAGAGAUUGGUCUGAAUCUAAGAAUGUGGAUCAAGAAAAUAUAGUCACUAUAAAAACCGGCGAUGAUUUGUCAGAGAAACGUAGUUCAUAUACCAAAUCUAUAGAAAUCGGUGAAAAUCGUUUAAUACCAGAUUUGGUUGAAGGAACAAAAAACAAAAUAGAAGAAAAACAAACCAGGACUUUAUACAUGGAACCCGCUAAUGUUUCACUAACAAUGACACAGGAACCAAUACAAAAGACGGUCACGGUUAAUGUGAGCGAAGACGAAUACGGAAACAAAGUUGUUACACAGAACGUUGAGAAAAUUACAACUCAAUACAUAACAAGUAAAAUCGAGGCGCCGCUACAGGUCGAACAGAUUAGCUUCGGAAUGAUGAGAGGAUCUGAUAUCAACGAAAUGGAAUUAGAAGAAGGAAACGUCAAAGAUAUCGAUAGGAAUGUUCUAGAAGAAAUAAAGAGAAAGAAUCCAAACAUACAUUUCACUUCAACCGAGCCGUCUUAUACAAGAACUGAAACAAUUUUAUUGAACACAUCCAAUAUGGAUGAAGAACAAACUAGAGCAUUGAUGGAAAAACUACAAAACGACCCAAACUUUAUGGCACAGAAAUCUACAGAGGAAUUAUCUAGAAUGGGAAUCAGAGUUUUUCACGACUUAGAUGAUAAAACAGAUACGAACAAAGACGCAAUGGAAGUUACAAAAACUAGAUACUCCAUAAAUCCUUCAACUAUUAUAAGCGAAACUAAAUGCAUCGGCACCACACAAGCAACUGAAAAGACGCAGAGAGAUCACAUAACAGAAAUACAAGUACGACCAAAAAUAGAUAAACAAGAGAACAAAACUGAAUACAAAAUAACGAACACACAAAGAAAUACAGCGAAGAUGUACGAAGAACCGCUGUUAUCAUACGAAUUGGACAUAGAAAUGUUGAACGACUUCAUAACAAACGAAAGACAUCACUCAGCAAAACAUCUCGCUGAAAUCAAGAAACGAAAUAACCAAAAUGAUUCAAAGAAACGGCAUUCAGACUUUGAUCUACCAAGAAACAGUCACAUAAAAUUCAGAACAGCUACAUACGAAUCUCCCAAAGGAACUAUAGUCACUAGCACAGAUCUAGAAAACAGACGUCUGUCACAGCUAGAUCAAAUGCAAUUAAGAUCGCCUAGUGACGUCGUACAGCCCCAAAAACCGGUGAUAUCCGCAAAACCGAGCAGCAUACCGGUUAAAGAUAAAAAACCGACGGGUUUCGUAUCAUCGAAAAUACCGGUUUUUGGUACGCAGAAAUCACUGAGCCAGGAGAAUUUGACCGAAAAAAGUUUCUCCAUACCACGGUCGUCCCAAAAUUUGAGUAGCAGUUCUUCUAACAUAUCUAUAACUUCCAUAAAAUCUAGUUCUAAAAGUCCAAGCGGUGGCAGAUUAUAA